GCACGGGACGGGACGUGAACUUAAAAACUUAAAAGGUUACUUACUGCACUAUCCCACCGGAGAUCUGGUUUACUGGUCAUAUCAUUCUGCAGUCAUGAAGUUGAAUGUGGAUGGUUUGUUGGUAUACUUCCCAUAUGAUUAUAUAUAUCCAGAACAAUACACCUACAUGCUGGAACUGAAACGAGCACUAGAUGCCAAGGGUCAUUGUGUCCUUGAGAUGCCUUCAGGUACUGGUAAGACGGUAUCUCUGUUGUCGCUCAUUGUUGCUUACUUGAAGAACAACCCAUCCGAUUUAAACAAGCUCAUCUACUGUUCAAGAACAGUACCAGAAAUUGAAAAGGUUAUUGAAGAAUUAAAGGGACUCGCAGAGUAUUACGAGAAGGAAACUGGUGAACCUUGCAACAUCCUUGGCUUGGUACUCAGCUCCAGAAAAAAUAUGUGUGUCCAUCCACAGGUGAGUAAAGAGAGUACAGGCAAGCUGGUCGACCUGAAAUGUCACGAGUUAACGGCAUCGUUUGUACGUGAGAAACACAACUACGACCCAACAGUGAAAGUGUGUUCAUUAUUUGAGGAGUUUGAUUCCCACGGCAAAGAAAUCCCAAUGGCCGCUGGAGUCUACAGUCUGGAUGACCUCAAAGACGCCGGUCGUGAAAGUGGAUGGUGCCCAUAUUUUAUGGCAAGACAUGCUAUAUACCAUGCCAACAUCGUUGUCUAUAGUUAUCACUACCUCUUGGAUCCUAAGAUAGCUGAGAUGGUCUCAAAGGAGCUGUCCAAGAAAUCCGUGGUCGUUUUUGAUGAAGCUCAUAACAUUGAUAAUGUCUGCAUAGAUUCUUUGAGUGUCCACAUCACCAGACGGACUCUUGAGAAAAGUCAGAGCAACCUGGAUGCAAUUAAGAGACAAAUUGACAGAAUUAAGGAGACGGAUGCAGCAAGAUUGAAGCAAGAAUACCAAAGGCUUGUAGAGGGACUCAGAGAUGCAAGCCAUGCAAGAGAAACUGAUUCGCGACUUGCUAACCCAGUAUUACCCGAUGCUGUUCUAGAAGAGGCUGUGCCGGGUAACAUCCGUAAUGCAGAACAUUUUAUCGCAUUCCUUCGGCGGUUUGUGGAAUACCUGAAGAGUCGACUAAGAGUGCAACAUGUCAUAGCAGAGAGUCCCCCAGCCUUCCUGAAAGAUAUCUAUGGAAAAGUGUGCAUCGAGAGAAAGCCACUGAGGUUUUGUGCCGAGAGGUUACACUCUCUCCUACGUACGUUAGAAGUAACGGCUAUUCAGGAAAUGUCACCUUUGACCUUAGUAGCCAACUUUGCCACUCUGGUCAGCACCUACACAAAAGGUUUCAGCUUAAUCAUUGAACCCUUUGAUGACAAGACUCCAACCAUCCCAAAUCCAGUUCUACAUUUUAGUUGUAUGGAUGCGUCCAUUGCAAUCAAGCCAGUGUUUGAUAGAUUCCAGUCUGUCGUCAUUACUUCAGGGACGCUGUCUCCACUAGACAUGUACCCAAAGAUUUUAGACUUUCGACCCGUUACAAUGUCAUCCUUCACAAUGACACUCGCACGGCCCUGCAUCUCCCCAAUGAUCGUGGCAAAAGGCAAUGACCAAGUUACCAUGUCCUCCAAGUUUGAAACCAGGGAAGAUAUUGCUGUUAUUCGUAACUAUGGCAACUUGCUAGUGGAGUUAUCCAAAAUAGUCCCUGAUGGUAUGGUAUGCUUCUUUACCAGCUACAGUUACAUGGAGAACAUUGUUGCCAGUUGGUACGAGCAAGGUAUUAUUGACAACAUACAGAAGAACAAACUUCUGUUUAUUGAGACGCAAGAUGCUGCAGAGACCAGCGUUGCUCUACAAAAUUAUUACAAGGCAUGCGAGAAUGGAAGAGGAGCUGUCCUUCUUUCUGUAGCUAGAGGAAAAGUCUCAGAAGGAAUUGAUUUUGAUCAUCACUAUGGGCGAGCUGUAGUCAUGUUUGGUAUUCCAUACGUCUACACUCAGUCUCGGAUCCUUAAGGCUCGGCUUGAAUAUCUCAGAGAUCAGUUUCAGAUUCGGGAGAAUGACUUUCUGACGUUUGAUGCCAUGAGGCAUGCAGCGCAGUGUGUUGGCCGAGCAAUGAGAGGCAAGACUGACUAUGGUAUCAUGAUAUUUGCUGAUAAACGUUUUUCAAGAAUUGACAAAAGAGGUAAAUUGCCAAAGUGGAUCCAAGAGCAUCUGAAAGACAGUGUGCUAAACUUGUCCACUGAUGAAGCUAUACAAGUCAGCAAGAGAUUCUUGAGGCAUAUGGCCCAGCCGUUCAGCAGGGAAGAUCAACUGGGAUUGUCUCUGCUUACCUUGGAGCAGUUGGAAUCAGACGAGAUGCGAAAGAGAGUGGAGCAGACAGCUCAUCAAGUUUGAAAUGCCUAAAGAUGCCACACUUUGUACCUUUGUAUUCUUUCUUUGGUUUAUCCAGUUUUGAUGGAGCUAGGAAUGGGUUGUCUGUUAACAAACCAUGUUUAUUAAAAUCUUAAUCAAGAGGCUGCAGUGAAGGCAGCCCCGCUACCCAGCGCGCCAUAUCGAUAGCUCUCGUCUCAAACACCUGGAAGAGAUUUUCUGAAAAACAGCACUGGGCCCAUUUUCACGACUCUGCAUAACGUAAGCAAACCGCACAGAAAUUCAGCGCUUGCACAGUAGAGAAUGGUGAUCGUAAGCACAGAAUUCAGCAGUAAGCAGAUCCAUGAAG